CGACCUCCUUUAAUUUGAGCUCAGCCACCGUGGGGUCCGCACGCACCGAAGAAGGGGGAUCUUCUCAUUUGCAGACCAAGCCAAGGGACAGAGGGACAUCCGGGCGGAUUUUUUUCAUUUCUUUGGGCAAAACCUUCCCCAUCCCGGCGCUGGAUUUUUAAACCGCUUACACCUCGAGGUUUUUUCUUUUUCGAUUUUUCUUUUUUUUUGUGUGUGUGUGUGUGUAUUCCCGGCAACCUCGUAGAGAAUGGGAGCCCCGUUGUCCAAGGGAGGAGUAGCUGCUGAGGGGAAAGCCGCCGCCGCCGUCGCCGCGGACCCCGCCGCCGCCAAAGCCAACGGCCAGGAAAACGGCCACGUCAAAACCAACGGCGACGUGUCGGCCAAGCCCGACGGGGAAGCCGCCGCCGAUGGAAACGGGACGGCCGAACCAGCCAAGGAGGGCGAGAACGGCACCGGCGACGCCAUCGAGCCGGCCCCGGCGGCCGAGGGCGAGGCCGCCACGCCAGAGGGCGCCAAGGAGGGCAAGAAGAAGAAGAAGUUCUCCCUGAAGAACUCCUUCAACUUCAAGGGCAUCUCGCUGAAGAAGAACGCCAAGAAGGUCAGCGAGGAGGCGGCCUCCCCGACAGCCGAGGACAAGCCCGAGGAGAACGGCCACGCGGCCAAGGAAGCCAAAGAGGAGACGCCGGCCGCAGAGGCCAAAGGGGAGGUAGAGGAGGAGGGGCCCGCCGCCGCAGCCGCCGAGGCUGCACCCGAAGCAGAGGCCAAGGAGGAUGCGACCCCGGCGACUGACGCCGCACCCGUCGAGGAGGAGGCGGCAGCAGCCGCCGCCGCCGCCCCCGUCGAGGAUACGACACCCGCGGCUGCCGAGGUCGAGGCGGAGUGACUUCACCUCCCCCUUUCCCAGCCCCCCUCCCCUCCCCCUUCCACUCCCUCGCCGUGGCACCUGAACUGAUUUUCCAAGAUUAAAGUAUAUAAAUAUAUAUAUGAGAGACGCGUGCCACGUUCUUAAAGAGUUAAAAGUUAUAAAACAAAACUAGGAAAGAAGACAAAGGAUAUAUCACGUCUGCUGAUUCAACCACCAGUUCACUGCCUUUUUUAUUAGUUUUUUUUUUCGACAGACGGAACCUCCCCGAGCCCCCUCGUGAUCAAGGCGUCGGCGUGUGUCGCCCCCCCUCGUGGAACACACGGGGGCCGGCGUGUGUGGCGAAAGGUAAAUGCAUCGGAUGUGGAACGAAUCAGGAAUACUGACUUAUUUUCCCAGUUCACGGAGAAGCAUCCUUUUUUUUAACAGCGUGGCAGCCCUAUAACAUUUUUAUUUUUUUGGGGUGGAGGGGUCUAAAAUUGUCACCGUAAGGGGCAGAGCAUCCCCUUCACCCAAAAUGACUGUUAUAUGGACAUUUUAUUCAUUCAUUUUAGAAUUCUACAUUCCCCCCUCCCCCCCAAAUUUCAAGUAUUUUGUCAUGUAUAGAAAAGUGAAAAAUCAAGGAGGGGAGGUGGAAAAUGAGCAAUGUCUUUCUUCAUGCGUUUCAAUUCUUUUUCUUCUGCUUCAAACACAUUCAAGCUUCAUGAGUAUUGCAGCGUUCGCAUUUCAGAGUUUAUGAUGCAAGGGUUGUGUACAAAAUGUGAGCUUUUUAUCUGCAAAACCGUCUCUGUACAUAUGUUUUGGCCAAUAUUUUUGGUUCUCUUUAUUUUGCUAUUGUUUGAGGAUGUUGAUGGUUUUAUUGUAACUUUUAAUAAGGGUAAAUAAAUGUUCGAUCCCCUCUGUC